GCAGCGUCAAAGCCCAAUAAACCCUUUGCCCACCAUGCCGGCUCUCGGCUCCCAGUUCGACCGCGGCGGCCUCCCCGCCGGCGACGUCGACCCCGACUACCUCUACUUCCUCCAGCACAUCCGCGUCGACGGCGAUUCUUACGUUCUCGAGCUCCCGGCCAACGGCGCCUCCCCGCCCUCGGUCCUCAGGUACGAGGCCGCGCCCGGCAGCACCUCCGACGGCGAGUGCGUCUCCGACCCCUCCCCGGGCAGGCUCAGCACCAACGGCCGCGCUGAGGAGAGGGAAUCGUCGGCGUCCUUGGAGGCGAGGCCCGCUUGGUACGAUUCUCUCGAUGACGUCGACGAGGACUACCGCCUCUUCCUGCAGCACACGCGCCUGGUGGAUGGCCAAUUGGUUCUCGAGAUCGGUGGCGUCGUCAUCAACUACGAUCAGCCGGUUGUGGAUGGGCCUCAGAGGGAGAAGGGUAAGCAGCGGGUGGUGGAGGCGGCCGUUCCUUCACCGGGGAAAGGGGGCAGUUUUGGUGCGGGGAGCGUUGAGGUUGGCUCCGGUGCUCCGGCAACAGCUGUUCCGGAGCAGUACGCGUGCGAUUGGCGCGCGGAUCCGUCACCAGGGCGUGAGGUGAAGGGGAAGGAUGGCGGAGAUGAGGGCCUGUCGAAUGCAGCGGAUGCAGGCACGAUGAAGGGCGUGCAUUGGGAGGCGAGCUCAAGCGACGGCCGUCGUGCCGGACGCCGUACAAAUUCGGGGGAAAAGGUAGAACAGGAACUAGGUAUUGUAUGGCCAACACAUAUCACCCGAAGGCCAGAUUCAGAUUUCAAGCGUAGGUUGAUCGAGGCCCUUACACAGCCGGUUGCUCAGAAAGAGUAUUAUAGAUUGUUUGACAUGGUUACUCUCCGUACUCCGUUAAUGAAGCUACGGCAGGUCCGCAAUGAAACGAAAUUCUAUCCUACAGAAGAAAUGGGCAGUUCAUAUUUGGAUCACUACCCAGUGUGUUACUUCCCUGUUCCACGACUGAAACAUCUUAUUGAUGAUAUUGUUGAAGCACGGAUCUAUGGUUGUUGACAUAAUCUUUUUUGAGGUCACACCUUCACAUUGGCUAUUCCUUUAGAAUUUGUAAGCUCAACAGCAGAAGUUCAGUGGACAAUGACUGUUAUUGAACAACUGUUAUCGCUGAAGUAUUCAAAUUCAGUUAUUGAAUUCUAUAGUUGCCUGUGCGAAAUAUGUCUAUGAUUUUGGAGCAAUUUAAUUUGUGUUAUACAACAUUUCAAAUGUAAUACUUAGUUUAUUGUUGAGCCCUACAAUUGAUAAAUGGCUCAUUUCAGCUUAGAUAUUGCUUCAUUUGAGAUCAGCAUCAUGGCAGGAAUGGUCAACCCCCAGUAGAAUCAUUCUGUUGGAUAACAAUAUAUUUUAUACUAGAUCGGAAGUUUUAUCUUUCCUUCCGUUUAGUGACCAAACUAUUUUUUUGGCACCACUCUGCAGUAACAACAGAACCAACUGCAAAGCACAUCUGUAAUUGUCAUUAAGCAAAAUAUUUUGUGUUUGUUUGAGAAAGAGUGAUGUUUGUUCUUGACGGGUCAUAUUUUCUUUGUACUACUAGUUAAUGCAUUUUCUUUACUUU